AUGUUGACCAGAGGCCUGAUAACUUCAAGAUUGUUUGGCAGGACGACGUAUUCGUUGCGUUUGAAGACCGUAGCCCGUCCGCCAAACACCAUAUCCUGCAUAAAGUCAUUAACGAAAGAUGAUACACAAUUCCUGAAAGACAUGCACCAAGCCGGAAUAGGCAUCCUCGACAGACUCAACAUCCCAGAGCACGAACGGAGAAUGGGCUUCCACAUUCCACCAUACAACUCCAUCGACCACCUGCACCUACACGUCCACGCUCUGCCGUACAAGUCGGCGUUUAGGGCUUUGAAGUAUCCUGUGGUGAAAGGGUGGGGCCCGUAUCAUAAGGGCCUGUCGUGGUUUGCGGAGAUUAGACAGUCGAUUGCGGUGUUGGAGUCGGGGAGGAGGGUGGGGGUGCUGCCUUGCUAG